GGACAACUUUGUAGCUGCUUUUCGUAAAGCUUUAUCGUUUCAAAGAAUUGUUUUCGUCUCCGUCCCAUGAUUUUCCACAUGUGCGGGUGUGUGGCGCUUCUGACUGACGCCGACAGGGUUUCCCCCGUUGUCUUACUGGAGAUCUGCCGCUGCGUGCGCGCUGAUAAGCUUCGCAGGAGCGGAGCGGGCGGGCGGCAGCAGCAGCAGCAGGUGCGUCCUCCUCAGCAUCCCGCGGCGAGUCUCCGCCCUCCCGCUGCUCGCUAUAGGCUGGAGGAUUUAAGCGGGCCCGCCGUAAUGAUGAGGGCUUUCUGAGACUGAUUGAUUUCAAAACUUGACGGGUUUCGAGUUUCGCAGAGAUGAACCCAGACUUGGAUUACGGAGGCUCCGGGAGCAGCGGGAACGGAAAGCUGCGCCAGUGGCUCAUCGAGCAGGUGGACUGCGGCAAAUAUCCCGGACUGGUGUGGGAGAACGACGAGAAGACCAUCUUCAGGAUACCGUGGAAACACGCCGGGAAGCAGGACUACAACCGGGAUGAGGAUGCCGCGCUUUUCAAGGCUUGGGCGCUCUUUAAAGGCAAGUUUCGGGAGGGGAUCGACAAGCCGGACCCGCCGACCUGGAAGACGCGCCUCCGCUGCGCCCUCAACAAGAGCAACGACUUCGAGGAGCUCGUGGAGAGAAGCCAGCUGGACAUCUCAGACCCGUACAAAGUGUACCGCAUCGUCCCCGAGGGCGCCAAGAAAAGACCCCGACAGGAAGACAGUCCUCUGAGUCCAAUGACUUAUCAGGUGCACUCCUCCUAUCCUGCCCUGCAGAGUCAGAUAUCACCAUACAUGGCCACAUCAGAAUGCAGCUGGAGGGAUUACUGUCAGGAGCCGACCCCCCUGCCCGAGCUGCCCUUCUCUCAGUGUCCCUGUCCUCCCCGCAGCCUGCCGUGGCAGGGCCCGUCCAUGGAGAACGGCUACCAGCUCAGAGCCUCCAUUUACUCGUACGGCCCCGCCGAUAGCCAGCCCUCGCCGUUUACAAUGGACGCCAGCAUCAGAUCUGCAGAGGCGCUCUCAGACUUCCGCCUGCAUGUGUCCGUAUAUUUCCGAGACAGCCUGGUGAGGGAGGUGACCACAUCCAGUCCGGAGGGGUGCCACAUCACUCCGUGCUCCCCAGAGGAGAAGCACUACCUGCAGCCUGGAGGUCCUGAGGUGAUCCCUCUGCCUGUGGAAAGUCUCCCAGCCCAGAGGAGGGCAGACGAGUGUCCCUCCAGUCCCUCGUCCUCCCUGGACAGGGGAGUGUUGCUGUGGAUGGGCCCAGACGGACUCUACGCUCGGAGGCUGUGUCAGAGCAGAGUGUACUGGCAUGGCGGACUGUCCCAGUAUGGAGACAAGCCCAACAAACUGGAGAGAGAGGUCAACUGUAAACUCCUCCACACUCAGGACUACCUUACAGAGAUCCAGAGUUGCGGUUUCCACGGUCGGCCGCCCCCUCGUUUCCAGGUCCAGCUGAAUUUUGGAGACGAGUAUCUGGACCCGCAGAGACAAAGACGGACCCUCACUGUCCAGGUGGAGCCGCUGCUCGCCAGGCAGCUCCUGUUCUACACCCAGCAGAUGAGCGGCCACUACCUCCGCAGCUACGAGCACCCAGGAGUCCCGGACCACAUAAACCCCUCUGAGGACUUCCAGAGGGCCAUCACACACCACCACAGCAGCAGCCUGCAGGAGUGACCUCGCUGUUUUAAGUGACUGUUGAAAACUUCGAGGUGUACCGGCAGCCUUCACACAGCAGAGCAGGAAACUCUGAGGACAAACCUGGACAGUGUUGAACAUUGAGUGAUGGACAUUUAGUGUGUGUGUGUGUGUGUGUGUGUGUGUGUGUGCUUGUGUGUGUGUGGCUGGAACCAAAGUUGUAGUGUUGUUUUUCUUCCUUGCUGUAUUUUUAGGGUAGCAUAAAUAUUUUCAUAGCUGACUAUAUAAAGAGAACUGACAGCUUAGGUGAUUGUACUGUAAUAAGUUGUGAAGGGAAUUUCGCCAAAGACAUUUUCAGGGAUAUGCUCAUUUACUUUCUUUCUAACCCUCGCAGAGAAUCGCCAAGAAAACUGAUGCCUUUUUCAAGUUUGUACUGCAAAUGUGGGGCUGGAGCCAGCAGAUGGUUAGCGUAGCUUAGCAUAAAGGCUUAGCAUAAAAUUCAUCCUGGACCUGAAGUUGUGAUACUUCGGUGAUUCAUUCAGGGUUUUGUUUUAUAAAUUUAUUGUUCAUUUCGUGGGAGGGUUUGAGAAAGAAAGGGCAAAGACACAAGACAGAAGGAGGAGAGUACAGAGAAAACAUUUUCAUUGUUUAAACUUGUUGGUUUAAUAAAAAAGAAAAAUUCUCAAUUAAUAAUCUGUGAUCUGUUUUUAUCAGCUUUAAAAAGAAAUAUUUUGUACGAGUUGUGCUGAGUUUUUAAAUGAGAUGACGCGUUUAAAGUAGCCAAAUUUUUCUGGCAAGCGGUUAAGCUACAAAUUUCUAAAAAACAACAGCUUUUUUCUGUUUUUGGAGCGAGUGGCGAGCAGUUUGAGUGGAGCGGCUGAAAUCUGGGAAAGCUCUGGUUGGGGGUGACACAGCUAGCCUGGUUAGCUCCCCUCUAAAGGUGACAGAAUCUUCCCGCGAGCCCCUCUGAAGCUGAGUUUAGCUCGUUAUACUGAAGCACAAUGACAAGACAACAUUUUUGGAGGGUUUGCGAGCCUGACUUUUGCUUAGCCAUGCUGAUAAUUUGCUGAAGACUCCUCCAGCUACCAGGAAGUAGACUGGCACAAAACUAAUCCCUAAACCUUAAAAGUGUCAUUUCGGUCAGUUGUUUAAUCUGUGCAAAACCCUGCAGGUUAUUUACAUGUGGAAUAAGCCAGGUGAGCUGUUCUCAUUGUAGCCUUUAUGCUAAGCUACGUAGCCUCAUAUUAGCUGUAAAGAUGUGUGAGUGGUAUGGAUUUUGUCAUUUAACUCUUCCUCUGAAUGAUUUUGUUGCCACGAGAUGCUAUCAACACCACUGAACAAACGAUGACUGAAGUUCUGUGUCUGCGUGUGAAACUCUCAGGGAGCUAAUUUUACAUAAGCUUGUUUAAUUCACUUUUUGUAUUGCAUGAUAAGAUUUUACAUUUUAACGUUGAAUCAGACUUGGACUGAGUUUUGAGGGUUUUUUUUGUUUUGUUUUUUUUGCCUUGAACAAACGAGCACAUUUCUGUUCUGAAUAAAACAAUAAAAAGGUGAAGUGCAAAGAGAGACAACCUCUGUUGUUCACUGUGUGAGCUCCACGGGUAAUGUCAGCCGUGUGUGUGUGUGUGUGUGUGUGUGUGUCUGAACAGGAAGUGCGGUUCACAUACAGGAUGAGGCUGGUUAAUCAAACACUUCAUUAUCACAAACAGUGUGCUGACAUCACGAGGGGAGGAGAGAGAGAGAGGAAGAGGUCGGCCACGUUUUCCGAGCCGAGCUGGGGAGAAAGUCUUCCUGGCUUCUGCUGACAGAUUCAAGUCUGUUUCCACUUCCAUGGAAAACAUCACAAAAAACCCACAAAUACAUUUGUCACCCGCCGCAGAAUUAUUUACAGGAAGAGCGAGGAAGAUGUCACGGCUCGAUAAGAUUGUGUGUGACAAACAAUUCGGUGGUUUUACUUUGAAAGUCACAGCCUGAUGCUGCCUGCUCACACACUUUGAAAUCAGUCACAUCAGAGCUGC